AUGGAGGACGACGCCAUCUCGACGCUCAUGGACAUCGACGACUCGCCGCUCAGCGCCGCGGGGGCCGGGUUCCUCGACGAGGAGGACGGGGAGGGGGAGAUGUUCCUCGCCCCGCACCGCGCGGGCCGCGGCGGCGGCGGUGGCGAGGCCCGCGGGCCCCUCCACUUCUCCGGGUUCUUCAACAGCUUCGACGGUGCCGACUUCGACGACGACGACCUCGCCUGA